CGCCGCGCCCGGCGGCCCUCGGCGCUGUCAUGGCGGCGAGGAGCAGCUUCAGGAGGCACAGGGGUAGUCCCGCGCGCCGUGGCCCGGCGAUCCGUGUGGCAGUAGCAUCCUCGGCCACCGCAGCGGGCCCGAGCCGCGGCGUCGCCCGUGCCCGCCGUAGCUGCUUUUGCAAGGGCUGAGCGCAGGGGUGGGGCGGCCUCGGAAACCGUGGAGUGCUAGGCAGUCGCGGGCUCCCGGGGAGCGGACUAGGGAAACUUGAAGGCUGCGACCAGGUGCAUUGACCUUUCUCUCCCCGCAUCGCCCGCCCGCCCGCCCCGUCCCCGCAGUCGCGUCGGGCCUGCCUUCCCGCCCCAGCACACGCCUCCCUGCCUCUCCUCCGCGAGGCUCAGGUGCCCGGGCGAGGUGCUCCACUCCUCCCCCUGGGCCGAGCGCUAAGGAGAAUCACCGCCCCCUUCCCCCGCCUUUUCCUGCCCUGGUUCUCAGCCGCCACCUCCGUCUCGCUGCGCCCCGGCCGGGGGUGAGGACGAGGCCGGAGUCUCCGGGGUUUGGCGUUGUUGUCAGCCUCCCGGAGAGAGAUUGGACACACAUUCUCCAAGAGGAGGAGGGCGACGCCAAGGACUUUUCCUGCUUUUUGGGGAUUCUCCUCAAGUUGCAGCCGAGACCCUUUUUGGUUUAGUGUUUGCGUGUGUGGUGCAGCGACUGCUGGCCCAGGGUGACUCUGACUUGUCCUUACUCGUGAACUAGUAAUGGCUAGUGAAGACAAUCGUGCCCCUUCCCGGCCACCAACAGGUGAUGACGGGGGAGGUGGAGGGAAAGAAGAAACCCCUACGGAAGGGGGUGCGCUGUCUCUGAAGCCGGGGCUCCCCAUCAGGGGCAUCCGAAUGAAAUUCGCUGUGCUCACUGGGUUGGUUGAAGUUGGAGAAGUGUCCAAUAGGGAUAUUGUAGAAACUGUCUUUAACCUGCUGGUAGGAGGACAGUUUGAUUUGGAGAUGAACUUCAUUAUCCAAGAAGGCGAGAGUAUCACGUGCAUGGUGGAGUUACUGGAAAAGUGUGACAUUACUUGUCAAGCAGAGGUCUGGAGCAUGUUUACAGCCAUUCUGAAGAAAAGCAUACGAAACCUUCAAGUCUGCACAGAAGUAGGCCUCGUGGAAAAAGUACUUGGGAAAAUUGAGAAAGUUGACAGUAUGAUUGCAGAUCUUCUCGUUGACAUGUUGGGAGUGCUGGCCAGCUAUAAUUUGACAGUUAGAGAACUGAAGCUUUUCUUCAGUAAACUUCAAGGAGAUAAAGGACAAUGGCCUCCACAUGCUGGGAAACUGUUGUCUGUGUUAAAGCACAUGCCUCAGAAGUACGGUCCUGAUGCCUUUUUCAACUUUCCAGGAAAGAGUGCCGCAGCUAUUGCAUUACCUCCUAUAGCCAGAUGGCCUUACCAGAAUGGUUUUACAUUUCACACCUGGCUUAGAAUGGAUCCUGUAAAUAAUAUUAAUGUUGACAAGGAUAAACCAUAUUUGUAUUGUUUCAGAACUAGCAAAGGUCUUGGCUACUCUGCGCAUUUUGUUGGAGGCUGUUUGAUUAUAACCUCAAUAAAGUCAAAAGGAAAAGGCUUUCAACAUUGUGUGAAAUUUGAUUUCAAGCCACAAAAGUGGUACAUGGUAACUAUAGUACACAUUUACAACCGAUGGAAGAACAGUGAGCUUCGAUGUUACGUGAAUGGUGAACUUGCUUCCUAUGGAGAGAUAACAUGGUUCGUCAACACCAGUGAUACAUUUGACAAAUGCUUCCUGGGCUCAUCAGAAACAGCAGAUGCGAAUCGGGUGUUCUGUGGUCAGAUGACUGCGGUUUACCUUUUCAGCGAUGCUCUUAAUGCAGCUCAGAUUUUUGCCAUUUAUCAGCUAGGCCUGGGGUACAAGGGCACAUUUAAAUUUAAAGCAGAAAGCGACCUUUUCCUCGCUGAGCACCAUAAACUGUUGCUGUAUGACGGCAAGCUCUCCAGUGCCAUUGCCUUCACAUACAACCCACGGGCCACAGAUGCCCAGCUGUGCCUCGAGUCAUCUCCGAAGGACAAUCCCUCCAUCUUUGUUCACUCGCCACAUGCACUCAUGCUCCAGGAUGUAAAAGCAGUUUUAACACAUUCCAUCCAGAGUGCCAUGCAUUCCAUUGGAGGAGUACAAGUUUUGUUUCCGCUUUUUGCCCAGCUGGAUUAUAGGCAGUAUUUAUCUGAUGAGGUUGAUUUGACUAUCUGUACAACCUUGCUGGCUUUCAUCAUGGAGUUGUUGAAGAACUCAAUUGCUAUGCAGGAACAGAUGCUUGCUUGUAAGGGCUUUUUGGUAAUAGGUUAUAGCCUUGAAAAGUCUUCCAAAUCCCACGUCAGCAGAGCAGUACUUGAACUUUGCCUUGCGUUUUCAAAGUAUUUGAGCAAUCUGCAGAAUGGGAUGCCCCUCCUGAAACAACUGUGUGAUCACAUCCUUCUUAACCCAGCUGUGUGGAUCCACACUCCAGCCAAGGUUCAGUUGAUGCUUUAUACUUACCUAUCCACUGAAUUCAUUGGGACAGUCAAUAUAUAUAACACUAUUCGGAGAGUUGGAACAGUGCUGCUCAUCAUGCACACACUGAAGUACUACUACUGGGCAGUGAAUCCUCAGAACCGAAGUGGUAUCACCCCCAAAGGAUUAGAUGGACCAAGACCCAAUCAGAAAGAAAUACUUUCUCUGCGAGCAUUCUUACUGAUGUUCAUUAAGCAAUUAGUGAUGAAGGACUCUGGGGUGAAGGAAGACGAGCUGCAGGCCAUUCUUAACUACCUGCUGACUAUGCAUGAGGAUGACAAUCUAAUGGAUGUCCUACAGUUGCUUGUUGCAUUGAUGGCAGAGCAUCCUAACUCCAUGAUUCCUGCUUUUGACCAAAGGAAUGGGCUGCGUGUUAUCUAUAAACUUCUGGCAUCGAAGAGUGAAGGAAUCCGAGUGCAGGCACUCAAGGCGCUGGGCUACUUUCUAAAGCACCUGGCCCCAAAGAGAAAAGCUGAAGUCAUGCUCGGACAUGGGCUGUUCUCACUGCUGGCCGAGAGGCUCAUGCUUCAGACAAAUGUAAUCACAAUGACCAUGUACAAUGUUCUGUUUGAGAUUCUUAUAGAACAGAUCUGUACUCAGGUGAUACACAAGCAGCAUCCAGAUCCCGAUUCCACGGUGAAAAUACAAAACCCUCAGAUACUAAAAGUAAUUGCAACCCUACUUCGAAAUUCUCCCCAGUGCCCAGAGAGCAUGGAGGUUCGCCGAGCAUUUCUUUCUGACAUGAUUAAACUUUUUAAUAACAGUAGAGAAAACAGGAGGAGCUUGCUGCAGUGCUCUGUGUGGCAAGAAUGGAUGCUUUCUCUCUGCUAUUUUAAUCCUAAGAAUUCAGAUGAGCAAAAGAUAACAGAAAUGGUAUAUGCCAUAUUCAGAAUUCUGCUUUACCAUGCAGUCAAAUAUGAGUGGGGUGGCUGGCGAGUGUGGGUAGACACCUUAUCCAUCACACAUUCAAAGGUUACUUUUGAAAUACACAAAGAAAACCUUGCCAAUAUAUUUAGGGAAGAGCAGGGAAAAGGUGAUGAAGAAAUAGGGCCAUGUUCUUCAAGCCUGGUUCCAGAAGGCAUUGGUGUUACCAGGGAUGUUGAUGUUUCAGUGGGACCCCAGCAUGCAGAUCGGAAGGAUUCUCCUCCCAUCUCUCCUCAUUUCACUAGAAAUAGUGAUGAGAACUCAAGUAUUGGGAAAGCAAGUUCAAUAGAUUCUGCAUCCAACAUUGAACUGCGGACACCUGAUAUAUCUAGUGAUGAAAAGAAAAUAGAGCAAGAAAAUCAAGAGUUACUGGAUCAAGCCACCAUGGAAGAAACAACUACAAAUGAGACAAAGGAUGCAUGUGACUUAGAAACAUCUUCUGAUGCAGCGGAGCCAGGGACUCUUACCUCUCAUUCUUUGGAACCAGGCAAAGACACAGCGACCCUCAGUGAAGUAAGUGCUCCCAUAAGUUCUCCCUCAGAACAGGAUGCUGCAGAGAUGCCAGAGGUACUGGAAAAAUCUGGAGUAGAGGAAGAAGAUGAUGAUGAUUAUGUGGAACUGAAGGUAGAAGGCAGCCCUACUGAGGAAGCUAGUCUGCCCACAGAGCUCCACAGUGAGAGUUUGUCUGCAGCUGCCUCCAAAGGCAGAGAAGAGACAGACAGGUGUGGUAAUGGCUGUGAAGUUCACGAGGAAGCACCUGUUACUGAAAUUCAUAAUGAUCCUGAAACUGCAGAUUCUAAAGAGUCUAGGUUUCCAACUGUGGCCACAGCCAGAUCUUUAGCUACCUCAUCAGAAGUCCCCGUUCCCCAAACAACUGUACAGUCAGACAGUGAUGAGAUGCUGGAUGAAGGGAUGAAAGCAACUAAUCUUGCUGGCGAAACUGAGUCAGUUAGUGAUUGUGCUGACAAUGUCUCUGAGGCUCCUGCUACCUCUGAGCAAAAGAUCGCCAAGCUGGAUGUUUCUAGUGUUGCUUCAGAUACUGAGAGGUUUGAAUUGAAGGCCAGUACAAGCACAGAAGCACCACAGUCUCAACGGCAUGGGCUUGAGAUAUCAAGGCAACAGGAACAACCAGGACAAGGAACAGCACCAGAUGCAGUAGACCAGCAGAGGAGGGACUCCAGAUCGACCAUGUUUCGCAUUCCUGAGUUCAAGUGGUCUCAGAUGCAUCAGCGUCUGCUCACUGAUCUCUUAUUUUCCAUAGAAACAGAUAUACAGAUGUGGAGAAGCCAUUCAACAAAGACAGUUAUGGACUUCGUGAAUAGCAGUGAUAAUGUCAUCUUUGUACACAACACAAUUCAUCUCAUCUCUCAAGUGAUGGACAAUAUGGUCAUGGCUUGUGGGGGGAUACUGCCAUUGCUUUCAGCUGCUACAUCGGCCACACAUGAACUGGAGAAUAUUGAGCCUACUCAAGGCCUUUCAAUAGAAGCCUCAGUGACAUUUCUUCAGAGGCUAAUUAGCCUUGUGGAUGUGCUCAUAUUUGCAAGUUCUCUUGGCUUCACUGAAAUUGAAGCUGAAAAAAAUAUGUCAUCUGGAGGAAUUCUGCGACAGUGUCUCCGAUUGGUGUGUGCAGUGGCUGUAAGGAAUUGCUUAGAGUGUCAGCAGCAUUCACAGCUGAAAGCCAGAGGAGAUGCAGCAAAGAGCUUGAAAACAAUCCAUAGCCUGAUUCCCAUGGGGAAAUCUGCAGCAAAAAGCCCAGUGGACAUUGUGACUGGUGGUAUAUCUCCAGUAAGAGAUCUUGACAGGCUCCUGCAAGACAUGGACAUUAAUCGGCUUCGAGCAGUUGUUUUCAGGGACAUUGAGGAUAGCAAGCAAGCUCAAUUCUUGGCUUUGGCUGUUGUGUACUUUAUCUCUGUUCUGAUGGUCUCAAAGUACAGAGACAUUUUGGAACCCCAAGAUGAAAGGCACAGUCAGUCUCUUAAGGAAACUAGUAGUGAUAAUGGGAAUGUAUCACUUCCUGAUGCAGAAAGCACACCAGCAGAAUUUAGCUCCUUAACUCUGUCAUCUGUGGAAGAAUCAUUGGAAGGCCCCUCAUCUACUCGAAGGAGGGACUCUGGCCUUGGUGAGGAAACAGCUUCUGGCUUAGGAAGCAGUGCGCCUGUAGCUUCUCCAGCAGCGCCUCUGGGUGUCAGCGCAGGGCCAGAUGCCAUCAGCGAGGUGCUGUGCACUCUUUCUUUGGAAGUCAAUAAAUCUCAGGAAACAAAAGUUGAUGGAGGAAACGAGUUGGACAGGAAGGUGACACCAUCAGUCCCAGUUUCAAAAAAUGUCAAUGUGAAGGACAUUCUCCGGAGCUUGGUGAAUAUGCCAGCAGAUGGAGUCACAGUGGAUCCAGCCCUUCUGCCCCCAGCCUGCCUUGGUGCUCUGGGAGAUCUGUGUGUUGACCCGCCCGUGCAGUUCAGAUCCUUUGACAGGAGUGUCAUUGUUGCAACAAAGAAAUCAUCAGUCUUACCUUCCAGCCUUACGACAAGUGCACCUAGUAAUGCUGUCAGUGUGGUUUCUUCAGUGGAUUCCACCCAAGUCUCAGAUGCAGGAGGAGAGUCACCAGGAAGUAGAUCACCUAAUGCGAAGUUGCCCUCAGUUCCAGCAGUUGGCUCUGUCCCACAAGACCCAGUUGCACACAUGAGUAUUACAGAAAGGCUAGAGCAUGCGCUGGAGAAGGCAGCUCCUCUGCUACGAGAGAUUUUUGUGGACUUUGCACCUUUCCUUUCUCGAACACUUUUAGGUAGUCAUGGACAAGAACUGCUUAUAGAAGGAACAAGUCUGGUCUGCAUGAAGUCCAGCAGUUCAGUUGUGGAGCUGGUCAUGCUACUGUGUUCCCAGGAGUGGCAGAAUUCUAUUCAGAAGAAUGCAGGCCUUGCUUUUAUUGAACUUGUCAAUGAAGGAAGGUUACUUAGCCAAACAAUGAAGGAUCAUUUAGUAAGAGUGGCAAAUGAAGCCGAAUUUAUUCUGAGCAGGCAGAGAGCGGAGGAUAUUCACAGACACGCAGAAUUUGAGUCAUUGUGUGCUCAGUACUCUGCAGACAAAAGAGAAGAGGAGAAGAUGUGUGAUCAUUUGAUAAGAGCAGCCAAGUACCGAGACCAUGUGACCGCAACUCAGUUAAUCCAGAAAAUUAUCACCCUCCUCACAGACAAGCAUGGAGCCUGGGGAAGCUCUGCAGUAAGUCGUCCUCGUGAGUUCUGGCGCCUUGACUACUGGGAAGAUGACUUGAGGCGCCGGCGACGAUUUGUGCGUAACCCUCUAGGAUCGACACAUCCUGAAGCAACACUAAAAACAGCCGUGGAACAUGCUGCAGAUGAAGACAUCCUUGCUAAAGGAAAACAGUCCAUCAAGAGUCAGGCUUUAGGAAAUCAGAACUCUGAAAACGAGGCCCUCCUGGAAGGCGACGACGAUACUCUGUCAUCCGUGGAUGAGAAAGAUUUAGAGAAUCUUGCCGGUCCUGUUAGCCUGAGCACUCCAGCUCAGCUUGUGGCCCCCUCUGUUGUAGUAAAAGGCACUCUCUCUGUCACCUCCUCUGAACUCUAUUUUGAGGUGGAUGAAGAGGAUCCCAACUUCAAGAAAAUUGACCCAAAGAUCUUGGCAUAUACAGAAGGUCUGCAUGGAAAAUGGCUGUUCACAGAGAUAAGAUCAAUCUUUUCUCGUCGUUAUCUUUUGCAAAAUACAGCCCUGGAGAUCUUUAUGGCAAACAGAGUUGCUGUAAUGUUCAACUUCCCAGACCCUGCCACAGUGAAGAAAGUGGUGAACUAUCUACCUCGUGUUGGUGUGGGAACCAGUUUUGGAUUACCUCAGACCAGGCGUAUUUCAUUAGCCACUCCCCGUCAGCUAUUUAAAGCUUCAAAUAUGACUCAGCGGUGGCAGCACAGAGAGAUUUCAAACUUCGAAUACUUGAUGUUUCUCAACACAAUUGCAGGGCGGAGUUAUAAUGACCUAAAUCAAUAUCCUGUGUUUCCCUGGGUCAUCACUAAUUAUGAGUCAGAAGAAUUAGAUCUUACCUUGCCAAGCAAUUUCAGAGAUUUAUCCAAGCCAAUAGGAGCUUUGAAUCCCAAAAGAGCAGCAUUCUUUGCAGAGCGGUUUGAGUCAUGGGAAGAUGAUCAAGUUCCAAAGUUCCACUAUGGUACUCAUUACUCAACUGCAAGUUUUGUUCUUGCGUGGCUUCUAAGAAUAGAACCCUUUACGACUUACUUUCUAAAUUUACAAGGAGGGAAAUUUGAUCAUGCAGAUAGGACAUUCUCAUCAGUUUCCAGAGCAUGGCGAAACAGUCAGCGUGACACAUCUGACAUUAAGGAAUUGAUUCCUGAAUUUUAUUAUCUCCCCGAGAUGUUUGUUAACUUCAAUAAUUAUAACCUUGGAGUGAUGGAUGAUGGGACAGUGGUGUCUGAUGUUGAACUUCCUCCUUGGGCCAAAACCUCGGAAGAUUUCGUUCGCAUAAACAGAUUGGCCCUGGAGAGUGAAUUUGUUUCCUGCCAGCUUCACCAAUGGAUUGAUCUGAUUUUUGGCUAUAAACAACAAGGACCGGAGGCAGUAAGAGCCCUCAACGUGUUCUAUUACCUAACCUAUGAAGGAGCUGUCAGCCUGAAUUCAAUAACUGACCCUGUGCUGAGAGAGGCUGUGGAAGCUCAGAUCCGAAGUUUUGGACAGACACCUUCGCAGCUGCUCAUAGAGCCCCACCCUCCCCGAGGUUCGGCCAUGCAGGCGUAUCUCCUCCUGCAGAGUCCACUGAUGUUCACAGACCAGGCCCAGCAAGAUGUCAUCAUGGUCUUAAAGUUCCCUUCGAACUCUCCAGUCACCCACGUCGCGGCUAACACCCAGCCAGGCCUGGCCAUGCCUGCUGUCAUCACUGUCACUGCUAACAGGCUAUUUGCCGUGAACAAGUGGCACAGCCUUCCUGCUCACCAAGGUGCUGUACAAGACCAGCCAUACCAGCUGCCAGUGGAAAUCGAUCCUCUCAUAGCCUGCGGCACGGGGACACACAGGAGGCAGGUAACGGACCUCCUGGACCAGAGCAUCCAAGUGCAUUCCCAGUGCUUCGUCAUCACUUCCGACAACCGCUACAUUCUCGUCUGUGGCUUCUGGGAUAAGAGCUUCCGGGUCUACUCCACAGACACAGGAAAAUUGAUCCAAGUGGUAUUUGGCCAUUGGGAUGUCGUCACUUGCCUAGCUCGCUCUGAGUCGUACAUAGGGGGAAACUGCUACAUCCUCUCGGGGUCACGGGAUGCAACUCUGCUUCUGUGGUACUGGAAUGGGAAAAGCAGCGGGGUUGGAGAUAACCCUGGCAGUGAAACUACCACUCCUCGAGCCAUCCUCACAGGCCAUGACUAUGAGAUCACUUGUGCUGCUGUCUGUGCUGAGCUGGGCCUGGUGUUAAGUGGUUCCCAAGAAGGGCCAUGUCUCAUACACUCCAUGAAUGGAGACUUGUUAAGGACUUUGGAGGGUCCUGAAAACUGCCUGAAACCAAAACUCAUCCAAGCAUCGAGAGAGGGUCACUGUGUCAUCUUCUAUGAAAACGGCUGCUUCUGCACCUUCAGUGUGAACGGGAAGCUACAGGCUACCAUGGAGACGGAUGAUCAUAUAAGGGCCAUACAGCUGAGCAGAGAUGGGCAGUACCUGCUCACAGGAGGAGACAACGGGGUGGUGAUAGUACGGCAGGUGUCGGACCUCAAGCAGCUCUUUGCCUACCCAGGUUGUGAUGCUGGAAUCCGGGCCAUGGCCCUUUCUUUCGACCAGAGGUGCAUCAUUUCUGGCAUGGCGUCGGGAAGCAUUGUUCUGUUUUACAACGACUUUAACCGCUGGCAUCAUGAGUACCAAACCCGUUACUGAUGGUGACAAAUGCACAGUGAUCCCGUUUCAGACCAAGCAAGGAAGGACUUCGAACACCAUUCUAUAGAAAUAGCUAUCACAUCUGAAUGUAACUUAAAUUUGCUUGAACAAGCAAAAUAUUUUUUAAAGUUAAUUGCUAUUUUUGUAGACUUUGCUUGACAUUUGGGGGGUGGGGAACAGCACAAGCAGAAAACUGGCUGUUGGUUUCUGUAGUUUAAAAAAAAAAAAUCUAUAUUUUUAGUCAUAAUGAAAAGUCUAUUUUCACCAAUUAUGGAUACAGACAGUGGAGCCAAUAAUCCCACUAAUUCUUGCUAUGUGUGAAAAACCAUUUCCCACUUACCUGUAAUCUUGAGAAAUAUGAUUUUAGCAAUAGGGAAAUGGGUCCAAAUACUGAAACAGGGGAAUUUAUUCUGUACUGGGUCCUGUAUUUUUCUAGACAAUUGUGCUUCUUCAGUGCUAACAUUUCUAGGGUUUUAAUAGUAAUGUUUAAAUUAUGACAUGUAAUUUAAAAUAUCUCAGUGAGUUAUUUCUAUAUUCUUCUUCUUCAAGCAUGUGUUAGACCUAGAAAAUCAUGGCGUAGGAGGCUACUUGUUUUGCCGUGUAUUAAACAGCAAAGAUCUAAGUUUAUCAAUCAUAAAUACUCACUGCUUUUCCUGAUCUGUCGUCCUCGUGGCAAAGGGUGAAAUGAUGGAAACGCUCUUGGGCUCACAACCUUUGUAAGUACCAAAGCCUGCCCAAGGUCGCCAGUGCCCUGCUAAGAGGCAGAGCCAGCUAGGGCUCCCCAUGACCACUGGCCCACAGUCCUGGCUCGAGAUCAGAGGCGACCAGUCUGAGCAGCAGCCACCUUACCCCUAUUUGUUAUGAAACUAUCUUUACCUUCUUUUUGACUAGUAAUUUGUAUCAAGAAACAAUGUUAUUUUGGUGUCAUAUAAUUCUACUUUUUCUAGUAGAUUGCUGUAUGGAAUUCUGUGAAAAUAUUUGAGCAGAGGUCUGUAUGACAUAAAUAAAUUCUUUGUAUGUUGUGAACCUGA